GUUGCCAUGGCGUCCCGGAUGGCCGGCUCCCUGCGCCUGCUCCUCUGGCUGCUGCUUCUCUGGCCCCAGCUUGGCGCGGACCCCGGGGAUGCAGUGACGCCGCCCUCCGCACGUGGUCCCCCUUCCCCUAAGUCCGAGACCCUCAUGGAAGAAGCUACCCAGAAACCAGAGGUCCUUCCCAGAGGCUGUGGCCAGCGGAGGAUAAUCGGGGGACAGCCAGCACCAGAGCGGAAGUGGCCCUGGCAGGUCAGCCUGCAGGUCCAGGGCAGACACGUGUGUGGGGGCACCCUCAUCAGCAGCUGGUGGGUGAUGACCGCAGCCCACUGCAUAUCCGACUUUCACGACUACACGGUGAUGCUAGGAGACACGAGCCUGCAGCACCAAUCCCCAAGAGGACUAAAAGUCCCAGUCAAAGACAUCGUUAUCCACCAAGAAUAUCUGCACCUUGGAGUACUCUUCAAUGACAUCGCCCUGGUGCUGCUGUCCUUCCCUGUGAACUACUCCACCCACGUCCAGCCCGUGUGCCUCCCCAGCAAAUUCUUCCACGUAGAAGCUGAUACACAGUGCUGGGUGACUGGAUGGGGCCGUACAGCUGAAGGAGGAUCUGAGUCCCCACCAAUGGACCUUCAGGAGACUACUGUGGACAUAGUUGACCGUGAGACAUGUAAUCUCAACCUCAAGGCCAUUCUGCAGGCGAGGUUUGAUGUGGUCAGUGAAGGGGGCCUUUGUGCUAAUGCCGAAAGAAGGGGUCCCUGCAAGGGAGACUCUGGCGGCCCUCUUGUGUGUGAAUUCAACAACACAUGGGUGCAGGUGGGCAUUGUGAGCUGGGGCGUCGGCUGUGCCCGCAAAGGAAUUCCCGGAGUCUAUACCUAUGUCGCUUUCUACAAGGACUGGGUUGUGAAAGUA